AUGUAGAAAAGUCCACAAUACACACUUUUUAAUAAUAUUAAUAACUCAAGAUCUCACAUUCAUACGAUACAAAAUGCGUUCAAUAAAGCCUAGAAAUCUCCGUCACCGUCCAUUCUCCCGCUACCUGUCAUCUAGUUCAUCUCUCCAGUCUCAAAUUACUCCCAUAACCUCUUUACUAAUUGCAAAUCGCGGUGAGAUUGCUUUGAGGAUAAACAAGACAGCCGAACGCCUUGGUAUAAAGACAACGACAUUAUAUACUGAUCCAGAUGCCACAUCACAACACGCCUCCUGCUCGUCACAUUCCAUAGGCCUCGGUGCAGCUAAUGGUUACCUCGAUGGCGAAAGAAUAGUGAAAUUGGCCAAACAGCAUGGCAUCCAGGCACUCCAUCCAGGUUAUGGAUUCCUAUCAGAAAACUCCGCAUUCGCCAAGAGGUGUGAGCAAGAAGGGAUCGUAUUCGUCGGGCCACCAGCCCAAGCCAUGGCAGAUAUGGGCAAUAAGGCGCGGAGUAAGGAGAUUAUGACUCAAGCCGGAGUUCCAUGCGUUCCUGGUUACCAUGGAAGCGAGCAAGGCGAGGCGGAGUUAUUGGAUCAUGCCAAGCGAAUUCAGUUUCCCGUACUACUGAAGAGUGUACGUGGAGGUGGUGGCAAGGGCAUGCGUAUCGUAAUGGAGGAAAGCGAGUUCCUUCAGCAACUUAAGAGUGCACGGGCAGAAGCGAAAGCGUCUUUUGGUGAGGGCGGUGAAGUUAUGCUGGUGGAGAAGUAUAUCAUAAGGCCCAGACACGUCGAGGUGCAAGUGUUCGCGGAUAAACAUGGAAAUUGCGUAGCUCUUGGGGAGCGAGACUGCAGCGUGCAGCGACGACAUCAGAAAAUACUCGAAGAGUCGCCAGCGCCCGAUUUGGAUGAUGUAACAAGACUAGAUCUAUGGGAAAAGGCUAGGAUGGCUGCAUUAGCGGUAGGGUACGUUGGUGCUGGUACGGUGGAGUUCAUUCUUGACAAGGAUACGGGGGAUUUUUACUUCAUGGAGAUGAACACCCGACUUCAGGUUGAGCAUCCCGUCAGCGAGAUGGUCACGGGAACGGAUCUGGUCGAAUGGCAAUUUCGAAUUGCGGCUGGGGAGACGCUCCCAUUGACGCAAAAGGAGAUCAUAGACAGGAUCCAGGAAAGGGGGGCCGCUAUCGAAGCGAGAAUAUACGCCGAGAAUCCUGAAAAGGGGUUCAUACCCGACUCGGGAAAUCUGGUUUAUCUGAAAACUCCAAAGACUGACGAAGACAUUCGAAUCGAUGCCGGUUUUAUUCAAGGCGAUACGGUGACCGAGGCCUACGAUGGAAUGAUCGCAAAACUUAUCGUCAGAGGAAGAGACCGAGAGACAGCUAUCAGGAAGCUAGAGCUUGCGCUACGGGACUAUGAAGUUGUCGGCUUAAGCACCAACAUCGAGUUUCUAAAACGUCUAUGCCGGUCGCCGGCAUUCAUAGAAGGUGACGUCGAGACGGGGUUCAUCGAUAAGUGGAAGGCAGACCUCUUCGACCCUGUGGUGAUCAACCCCGAAGUGUAUAUACAAGCGGCACUUGGUGUGUUCUCGACACAACCAACAGAUUUAAUCGAGCCUCAUGGCGAAAGCCUUGGCUUCGGUUUAUCUAGUGGCAGCGAACGUCAAUUCACCUUCAAGUCCCUCGACGUACUAGAUCCUAAAGAGGGAGAAGUGGUGGAUGUCAGUAUUACCCAGAAAGGUAACAGCUUAUUUGACGCCCGAAUAACUAGAAAAGGAGAGGACCCUCAAGUCCUCGAGAACCUUGUCUCGUCGCCUGUCCCAUCAUCGGGGAACUCUAGCAUAACAACCUUCUUCCCACAUACACGCAUAGAAACUACGAUUAUCCAGGAUCCGAAUAACGAUAACAAGAUCACCAUAUUCCAACACGGCACCAAAACUGAAUUAUCGCUAUUGCCCCCGACUUGGUAUGAAAAGGCCUUGGGACUGAAGGAAGUGGCGGCAUCAGUCGCAGCUCCAAUGCCUUGUAAGGUCCUCAAGAUUGAAGUUAAGGAGGGUGAUAAAGUGACUAAAGGGACUCCUCUUGUCGUCAUCGAAUCCAUGAAGAUGGAAACAGUCAUUCGAUCCCCGCAAGAUGGCAUCAUCAAGAAAUUGGCACAUAAGGAAGGUGAUAAAUGUAAGGCGGGAACUGUGCUAGUUGUUUUCGAAGAGGAAGAGGCUACUCAAUGACACAGAGGUACAUAGGUGUAAGGCCAUGUACCCAAAGGCUCGACACUAUUAUUUACAGAGAGUGGUUCAUUACAACAGGGGUAUAUGGCUUCAUCAUCAUUUUUACAGGAGAUUGUAAUGCAUAUUUAUGGUACGGAGUUAUAGCAGGUAGUUAUGAUUUAUUGGAUUCAUUUCACGUACAUACCUAAUCU